AGCUGCUUGCCCUCCAACGUUAGGGUGUUUAGGUGUUGUAUUUCCUGUCCCGUUGUGUUGGAUCAAUCCUCCUGUUCCUCUUCCCCUUCCAUAGAACCCUCACCAGAUGGCAUCUCUCCUGCAGGCUCGUCCAGUCUGCUCGGCCAUUCGCAGGCAGUCGACGACUCUACCUACCUACCUCCAAAACGCUUCACAGUCCGUUGCUUCUACUUCGAGAACAUGUAGCUCAUUAUCUACACUAUCUCAAUCCACUAGACUGAUCAACUCUCAAUAUUCCCUCCGAUCCCUCCAACGCACCAAUUCCCGCUCCGCAGUCCAUACGCAGCAAUGUCGGACUUUCCUGGUACAAUUAAAACGGCAGUCACAGACCCUGAGGGAGAACGCUCCUUCAGCAACCCCAGCAUCGGCCACUUUGCAACUCACAAAUCUUCCUUAUUUCAUUCGUCGCACUGCCUCGAACCAACUCCCGGUAUACCUGGUCACCAAGGCCGGCGGUACAAAGCAGCAAACCAAGAUACAGAAGACCGAGGGUGACCUGGAUGCUUUGAGAAACGAUCUUGCGCAAUACUUGGGUCUUGAAUCCGGUGAACCUCGCACCCCCAAGAGUUCAGACAUCACAAUCAACCGUCUAAAUGGACACAUCAUUGUUAAGGGUUGGCGAAAGCCCGAAAUUCAAAAAUUCCUCCUGGAACGUAAUUUUUAAAAGAUGAAGAACAAGAAAAGCCCUAGAUAUGAGUAUUGACUCGUUGCUCUCCAUCUUCCUCCACCAUCCGCUCGAUCAUCGAUCUCCAAUCAUCUUCCAGGCGAAAGUUUAAAGCAGGGUCUCUAUGUUGAAGUCGUAUUAAGGCAUCCGAAAACAAUCAUGCAUGAGUGGGAGAGGAAGCAGAUCGGAGAGAAGACAGACAGCAACCCCUGGGCUGAUUAAGGUAUUUGCUGAUGAUCGGCAGAGGUUGUUUUCCUUUUACUUUCUACUGCAUCUCUUUCUGUUUCCUUUAACCUAGGUUUAUUUUCCUUGUAUUAUUCUCUAUGCGGGGUGUUCUGUCGCAUUUUCAGUUUUAUUUGUGUCGUCGGACGUUCGGUUUGUAUUCUGGCAUGUUUCUUGCCAUUUUCUUCCUUCCCGAUCUCACCUCUCCAUGCCACUUUUCUGUAUCUUUGUAUAUUUCAAUGACUUCACGGUUGCUUUUGCGCUAAUUCCUAUGACUACUCUCGUGGGCAGAGUAUAGCAUGCGCAGACAGAAUAAUUAGGUCUAGGCACUGAAUCUGAAUAUGUCUUGAUAGACACUUGAGA